AUGGAGCUGAACUUUCCCCGCUGCAUGCGCGAGGCCUGGGAUUCCGCAGAGGAGUCCCAGGAACCAGAGAUGCUGCAAAUCUUGAGCUUAGCGGACCCUGAGGAAUGGCAGCUCCCUUUCUAUCCUACACUGGGCCAGCUCUCUGGGGACGACGAGGACUUCAAUGGGGAACAACUUUCUACCGCCUGCGGGCGUCUGCACCCACACUGCCCGAAACACGGACCCCGAGCGCAGAGCACCUGCAGGCUGGGCGCUGGGCCGCCCGCCCCGGACACGACGCCCGCGACCCGCCAGGAGCCACAAUCGCCCUCAGGAGCUGGGGCCGCCGCCCACACGCAAAGCUUCCCUGGGCGGGUCUUGCGGCAUCGGGGACCCAACAUCUGGAACCCGAGACCUCUGACCGCGGGGACCCUUCCGGAGCAUCGCCCUCCUCCUGGCCUGGAGACACACCACCGGACGUCCCAAAGCUGCUGGCCGCGGACCUACACGCAGUGGCCGGGAAGACCCUGGGCUGCCUCUCCCGCCGCCUUUGGACCCAGGAGCCCUCAUCUCCGCUGA